AUGCUUCAACAUUCGCCCUCUGCCAUCCGGCCCUUCCGCAAUGACACAAGUUCUUCACCCAUUGACGAAUCAUCAGUCCAUUCCGAGCGUGUACCUUUUUUGACGCAGGAACAGACCUUUAUAAAGUGCUCGGAUCUCGAGGAUGGCUCUUUCUCAGAUCCCGCCACCGCUACCGCUGCCACCGUCGGCCCCGAUGCCCUGAAAGGGCCCACAGUCACCUACAAUGAAACCUCGACCUCGUUCGAACACCGCAGCUCCGAUAUCUCCCCCAGAUGGCGCUGGACAAAGAGUCUGCCGGUGCUGAACCAACUGUUGGGUGGGUAUCGUACGGUGGUGCAUAAGGGGCACGUUGUGGAAAGAGGCUCAUUACACAAAUCCAUCCCGACCACACCGCUUAGGAGAGUGCUACGCCUGCUGGCCCUGACGCUGAUGCUAUUAGGAUUUCUAGAAUUCAUUGCGUUGGCAUGCGGCCUCGUCCUGUCCUUCUUCCCCGACGAUGCAGACGACGAAUUCGACGCAUGGAACCCCUCCCAGAGAUCUCGCGAGCUGGGACAUUGGCCGACCGAUUUCUCCGCCGACAUUCAUCCCGUGGCCUGCCACUCGCACAACGAUUAUUGGCGAAAGGAACCCUUGUUUUCGGCUCUCGAGGCCGGCUGCACAGGAGUGGAGGCAGAUGUGUGGCUCUACGACCAAGAUCUAUACGUCGGACAUUCCACAGCGUCUUUGACACCGGAACGGACGCUCCGCAGCUUGUAUAUCAACCCAUUGGUGAAGAUUCUAGACCAACAAAACCCUCAUACAUCUUUCCAUCCCUCGCUGGACAACCCCCGGAAUGGCGUCUUCGACACCAAACCCUCCCAGUCCCUAGUCCUCCUGAUAGAUUUCAAGACUGAGGGCCACAGGAUUUGGCCACAUGUUUCUGCACAGCUCCAACCUCUCCGAGAGCGGAAAUUCCUCACUUACUUCAACGGCUCCGCUGUUGUCGAAGGCCCAAUCACCGUGGUUGUCACGGGGAAUGCGCCAUGGGAUGAGGUGGUAGCCAACGAGACGUAUCGCGAUAUGUUCUUUGACGCACCUCUUGACUUAAUGGGAAAGCUGACUGCCAAGUCUGAUACUCCGGAGGCUCUCAUGGACACGCCAGGCGGUGAGCUAGAUGGGCGAUGGAUUCAAAACCAGGGUCAGGGGCGCUCUGGUGCUGCGCCUACAGAUCCUGCAGCCUACUCCCGAGCCAACUCAUACUACGCCUCUGUGUCCUUCAGUUCGGCGAUCGGGUGGCCUUGGCGUGGUACCCUUUCUCGCCGGCAGCUCGAAAUGAUGCGGAAGCAGAUUGCGGGCGCUCACGCGUGCGGUCUCAAAGUCAGGUACUGGAGCGUGCCCAGCUGGCCCAGAGGAAUGAGGAAUUAUCUCUGGCGAACAAUGGUCAAAGAAGGGGUGGAUUAUCUGAAUGUGGACGAUUUGAAAUCGGCCACCUCGGGCGACUGGAACUGGGACAAGAAAGGUCCUUGGUUCAGUGGACCGUGGAAGUUCUGGCCAUCCAAGGCCGUUGCAUGA